AUGCGCACUCUCACUCUCCUGAGAGGUGUGAGGAGGAGGAGGAGGUCAGAGUGUGAGGAGGAGGAGGGGAGUGUGAGGAGGAGGAGGGGGUCAGAGUGUGAGGAGGAGGAGGAGGUCAGAGUGUGUGGAGGAGGAGGAGGUCAGAGUGUGAGGAGGAGGAGGAGGUCAGAGUGUGAGGAGGAGGAGGAGGUCAGAGUGUGA